AGCGAGUCCCCACGCAAAGGUGCCGCCUUUAUUCCCUUCGACCCCCAACGGCCCGAAAAUUUUUCCGGCAUAAAAACUAUUCCAACGUAUCCUUCUGUCACCACCCCUCGCGGACACGUGCAUUCCACCAUUCCGCAACCGCUGCGUUUGCAACCGACCAUGGAUAUUAUUUAUUCCCAUUGUUUUAUAUUUAGUAGCCGGUUAAAUACCUGAGCGUUAUAAGUUAUUCUCGACAGCGCGUUGUUUGGUAAUCUGGCGGCUGGGAAUAAACCCCGGGGAUAAAUAACCAUCCUUCUUCCCCCUCUUUCUCCUCCCUGCCUAGGCUUCUUGUAUUCGUCUUCCGAAUAGCCGAAUUCCAGUUCGUUCGCUCCUACUCCCGCACUUUCUUCUCUUCUCUCUGUCGCUCGCUCUCGUUUUCUCGUCGGGAUCUCUCCAAGGGGUUUCUCUCGUUAUCGAUCUCGGGCUCGGUUGAUUUUUCUCUAAUGUCGAAGAAUAUUUUGGUGACGGGCGGGGCGGGGUACAUCGGGAGCCACACGGUGUUGCAGCUCCUUCAGGGGGGGUUCAACGCCGUCGUGGUGGAUAAUCUUGACAACUCCUCGGACGUCGCCAUCAAGAGGGUUGCGGAGCUCGCUGGGGAGUCCGGCAAGAAUCUUAGUUUCCAUAAGAUCGACCUUCGAGAUAAAGAAGCACUAGACAAGGUGUUUGCUUCAACAAAGUUUGAUGCUGUCAUUCACUUCGCUGGAUUAAAAGCUGUUGGUGAAAGUGUGCAGAAGCCGUUGCUUUAUUAUAACAAUAAUCUUAUCGGUACAAUAAAUCUUUUGGAAGUAAUGGCUUCUCAUGGAUGCAAAAAGCUAGUAUUCUCGUCGUCAGCUACUGUUUAUGGUUGGCCUAAGGAAGUCCCCUGUACAGAAGAAUUCCCUCUAUUUGCAAUGAAUCCAUAUGGACGAACUAAGCUUAUUAUUGAAGAUAUUUGUCGUGAUACAUACAGUGGAGACUCUGAUUGGCAGAUAAUAUUGCUUAGGUAUUUUAACCCUGUUGGUGCUCAUCCCAGUGGAUAUAUCGGUGAAGAUCCUCGGGGGAUUCCAAACAACCUCAUGCCCUUUGUACAACAAGUUGCAGUUGGAAGGAGGCCUGCCCUUACAGUUUUUGGAAAUGAUUAUUCAACAAAGGAUGGCACUGGGGUACGGGAUUAUAUUCAUGUGGUUGAUCUGGCUGAUGGGCAUAUUGCAGCCCUUAGGAAGCUUUUUGAUGGCUCCAGAAUAGGUUGCGAAGUGUAUAAUCUGGGGACUGGGAAAGGAACCUCUGUGCUGGAAAUGGUGACAGCAUUUGAGAAGGCCUCUGGAAAGAAAAUCCCUCUGGUCAUGGCUGGAAGGCGGCCUGGUGAUGCUGAAAUUGUUUAUGCAUCAACUGCUAAAGCAGAGAAGGAGCUGAAUUGGAAGACAAAGUAUGGCAUCGAUGAGAUGUGUCGGGAUCAGUGGAACUGGGCUAGCAAGAACCCCUGGGGAUAUGGAUCACCUGACUCAGCUAACUGAAGGAACAAGUCUUUACAAUAACAUCAGCUUUUCAAUCCGUAAAGUAUAGGUCUAGCUAAUAUCCUCUUCUAUGUAAUAAUCUUUGGUACAAAUAAAUAUGCUUAUGUCAUGAGAGAGGCAUGACUUUCAGAUGUUUCUUGCUGUUUAUUUCUGAAAGACUUUGUUUCCAUCCUAUGAUUGCUGCGGUGCUGGAUGGCCAUAUGACCUUUUCUUGUAAUUUUAUUGACCACCAGUGGGCACCUUGGUGCUGUACUUGGAGGAGGGAAAGGUCGAUGGUUUGAAUGUGUUAUAAUUAUAGAAAAUUUUCACUAA